GGGUGCGAGAGGAGGAGCCUGGCGAGAGGGCAGGCGGCGGAAAGUGAGCCGAUGCGCAGGCGCAGUGGUCGCACGACAGUGUGUUUCCAAAAUGGCGGCGGCGAUGGAUGUGGAUACCCCCAGCGGCACCAACAGCGGCGCGGGCAAGAAGCGCUUUGAAGUUAAAAAGUGGAAUGCAGUAGCCCUCUGGGCCUGGGAUAUUGUGGUUGAUAACUGUGCCAUCUGCAGGAACCACAUUAUGGAUCUUUCACGCUUUUCAUUUCCACUGCAUCUCUCGGUGGCUCAAAACCAGGCAGGUGUGCCCCUUGGACAACAGAGAGUGGGAGUUCCAAAAGUAUGGGCAUUAGGAAAGACUCUCCCGUAAAGCUUACCCAUUUGUUACUCGUUUAGUGACUUCCUGUUAAUUAUACAUUAGAUAGAACCAUGGUUCUUUUCCUUUCCUUUGUCUUUGGAGUUUGGUGUUCCCGCAGCCAUACUGUGUUUUGUGUCAAAUAAAGCCUUUAAGUUGGAGACGGUUGCUGUUUCAUGUAUGUGGAAAGAGUGAGCUGAGAAGGAGCCUCUUCAGAGCCAGGAAGCCAGCCUCAGAAAGUGCACUGUUCUUGACGAGAACACACUUGUCUUCACAAGGUCACAAGGAACCUGUUAAAGUCUGCAAGUGCGGGUCACUGGCACCUGGAAAUGCCUGAGGCUCUGUCUUCCUUCUGAGAUAGCACCAGGCAGGAAUGAGGAAGCACAUGGCAGCCUUGGACCAGCCAGGCCUGCUCUGGGCUCUCACCUCUCCUGAGGGAGUCUGAGAAUGAGUGAAUGGCAUCAAAUGGGCACAGAAAGGCUUUGUAAGCUCUGAACACCACAGAGUUGGUGCUGAUUGUGGAUGACAUGUUGCAGUCUCUAGAACAAAACUUGACAAAAAAAAUCAUAAUAUGUAAUCUUGGCUGGCAAUAGAAUGAUCUUAAAGUCAACUUGAAAACUGAUAUUUGGACAGUUUGAGUAUAUGCCUGUAAUUCCAGGUACUUGGGAAUUAGGUAGAAGGAUCCUUUGAAUCCAGGAGACCUUGUUUCUAAAUGAGAUUCUAGUUUGGGGUCUAGGGGGUGCUGUAGCUCAGCUGCUGUAAGGCCUUGAGUUCAUUUGCUGGUGUGAAUUUUUUUUUUUUUUUUUAAAAAAGGUCGAAAUUAAAUUAAGUUAACAAGAACUCAGGUUUCCUUUAAACAUGCUGGCCAGGAAAGGCGUGGCCACCCUGAUGCUGAUUCAGUGGCUGUAGUCUACUGAGACACUGUUUCUGUUGUUGUGAUUUUCAUGUAGUUAACCAUCCUACAAAGGUCCUGAAACCCUUCAGGGGAGCUUUCCUCUCUCCGGUGCCAUUCCAUGUGUCCAGAUAAAGCAGGUCUGAGACUCCCAACCAUCUUCUGUUGUCAAGCAGAGAAAGAUUGCAAAAAUGUGAAACAAUGCUGUCAUUAUUCAUGUUUCCAAAGUUAAUUUUAAUAAAAAUAUUUAUGUUAA